AUGGUGUGGAGGGAGGUGACCGAGAGAGAAUUUUAUACUCUCCAGGGUUUGGUGCACUGUUCUGAGUUCUACACUGAAUUUAAUUGUCACAUUCACAGUUGAUUGAGUAUCUUUGCGUGUCUAGUAUCCUGUGCUGUGUGUGUCUCUUGGAGCACGAAGGAAAAGAUGGAAGAAAUGAAUAAUCCUCAGCAUCCUUCAUCGGGAAGUGGGCAACCACAUCAGCAUCCGGUAAAUCACACAAGACCGUUUUUCUAUGUACAACCACCUUCUCAACCCUAUUUUUUAUACCAAUGGCACAUGAACAAUCCUUUUGGUCAAUAUGGCUUCCAUGGAUCAGGCUUCCCGUUUGGGCGUCCCUAUCUGCCUCCUUAUCCAUACAUGCAGUAUCCAGGAUAUGUUGUCCCACAGGCACCAAUGCAGCCAAUGGACUACAGGAGAAUGUUUAACCCUCACUUUCCUUCCACUGGGGCCUAUGAUGUAAGGUUUCGCUACCACCAAACGCGCAUGAGGAGGGAAACUGCCACCUCGGAGGUUCAGACUGAUCCUAGUGAAGCUGUGAAUAAACUUAUCGAAAGUCUGGGCAAAAUGGGGGCUUGCCAUCCUGCUAGUGAAAAGGAGCUGGAUUCUGGGAUAGCCUCCCAGAACUCUGGGACAUUUGUGCCGGGGGAUGAGCAGAAACAAGUGGCACAGAACGAGGGAAAGGAACCUCAGCCGCAGAGGAGCGUCCCCAAAAAAGUGAGAUCGGGAGACAAGCCCUUGUCUUCGCCAGUGAAAGUGUUCAGUGAACCCGCCGCCGCCGCCGCUGCUGCUGCUGCGUAUGAUGUGGAGUCUAACCAAAGGAGGCUGGAAGACUUGGCUCGCCAGGAAGGUUGGUCAGUCAGUUCCUGUGAGGGUGUGCUACCACUGGAUAGCUCCUCAGUUCACGAAGAAAAUGUGGGGCCGAAAGCGCAAUGCUCAGAUGAAUCUGAGCCCCAGGUCAACGUGGCCUUCCCGGAGAAAUUCACUGAUGGCUCAGGCAGCAGAAACCGGGAAAACCAAGGUACUCGAUGUGGCAGAAACAAAUCUGACAAAUUGACCGGGCUGGAUCCUCAGCCGGGAGCUGUGCAGGGCUGUGAUGUGGCUUCAAAACAAGGUGGUGACACCACUUGGCCUCUGGCUGAGCCGUUGCCAUCGAACCUUCCCCCUUCCAACUGGUUGGCUCACGAGGGUGCUGAACAAGCUCAUGAAGUGGUCACCAAGAUGGCCUCCCCAGCUGACAAAAAGAAGAGUGUGGAAAGGCAAGUCCCUGGUAGCGAGGAUCUGCAGUACAAUAACUCAAAACAGUCUUGCGGUGCACCUGCUCCAUCGGAAGAGCUGCAGAAAGAUAAUCCUCUUUGGUACAUAGAUUCAGCGGCCUCAUUUAUUCCCCCUUCAAGUUAUCUGUCUACAUUUGGGAAUUCCUACUAUUAUAGCUACUAUCCACAGAUUGCCCAGGAGCGGCAGAGUGUUCUUAGUCCUUCUUUGGAUGAGCUUUCCUCCAGGGAUGAAAUGUUCUCGACUGAUUUGGAAGAUAUUGAUUUAAUGCCUGGCCAUGUGUAUGCAGGGGGGAGACUGGGUCACGUGGCAAAUGAGGUGCAAGAACGUCUUGGGGAAGAGAUUCAAAACAGUUUAUUACAUGAAGAAGAGUGCCCGGUGUGUCCAAAAAUGAAAACCUGUGCAACCUGUGGCUCAAGUUUAUCCAAAGAAACAAAAAAAUCCAAAGUCUCUGCAUCGGGAAACACGGAAUACACGGAGACGGAGGACACGUACGAAGAGCUCGUCGAAGAGGAGAAAGGUGAGGUGUCGAAAAAGGGCAGAGAGUUGAGAAAAGCUGCAAGUAUGAAAAAGCCCCCUCACCCGAAGAGACCAUCCCAGCCUUGCAGUGCUGCUAGACCGCUCCCCAAGCAAAAAUCCAGAAAAGGCUGUUGCGGUGAUAACGAGGACUCUACUUGUCAUGAGCAUCAAGGGAAAGAAUAUCCUGAGGAGAGUGAGUGUUGUGAGGAGCACAAGACUGCGUCCAAAGCCGAAAAACAUAAAGGUCAGGAAACGAAGAAUGUCCACCUUAAACGCCAAACGGAGAAGCCUUGGAGAGAAGGCACAGUGACAUCUGAUCAGGAGAGUUGGGAGAGUUAUGGCGCCAAACCAAGAUCAAAGCAAUGGAAACCAUAUCCUUCACGAGGACGAGAUCAAGAGAGACCUCCACGUAAAAGGGCUUCAUACAAGGCAUUUGUGUACCAGAAGCCCAGGAGAAAUGAUUGUGAUGACAAUGAAGAUGGAGAUCUUCCAAGGGUCCAAAGAGGCAGAGGCUCCACCAAGAGAAGAGGCACAAGAUACUGAAAAUCGGGCACUGCAUACUUAAACACUGUUCCACAUAACCUAAAAUGUACACAAAGCACGUAUAAUAAAAUUAAUGAACACGUUUUUGCUUUAGAACGAAUUUAAAGGCAGCAGAGAACAGCUUGCUGCAAGAGCUGCGUUUGCACUGCUCACUGAAACCAUGUUGGAGUAGUCCUUCAACCCAAUUCUUGCUCGACACCAUUCUCCCUGAGCAUGGCCUUAACAAUUGCCGCUCCUCAAGGAACCAACUUGGUUCUGGAACUAAACCAAUUCAAUUCUACCCCAGCUCCUCAAGGGACAAACCCUUUGAUCUUAAGACUUGGCAUGCAUUCAUCUUCCCUUCUUAGGCUUCAAAGUCAAUGUUUCUGCAAUUGUAAGGCAGUGCACUCAUGGAGAGUGGUUUCCAGAAUGAGGUUUUGGGCAGUGGAAACGCAGCUCAUUGCAUUGGAGAGAGAAAGUAAAGAACAAUGAACCUUGUUAGUCUGUUGGACUGGCAAGUGUGAAGUGUCUUGUUCAUGACUUUUUAUUAUAGUGCAGAUAUUUUAAACAUUGCAAUGUAAUGUUGACAUAUGGAAUCAUGUACUGCACAGUGUUGUUGUGUCAUUAAAUCUUUGCAUUGCACUUUAAAUCUA